UCAGUCUUGCACCUUACCAGACGACCAAGAAGAUAGAUGUAGUACCAUUUGCUAUCCAACUAUAAAGCCCUUGUUACGGCAUGUGGCAUCGUGCCAUCAAAAUAGUGAAGUAAUUUCCCAACUCCGAGACAAAAUUCGAGAACAGGAGAUUGACAUAAAAAGAUUAAAGCUUGAAAACGAUAUAAUAAAAGAUCGAUUGGAGGAAUACAAAAAAUCAGCUGUACUAAAUAACCAACUGAACGAAUCUCUCGACCAUAAUCGAAAUAUUGUGAGCCACUUAAAUGCAAAGUUAAAUUUGUUGAUAAGGCUCAAUACGACAGACGAUCCCAUCAGGCAACUAAAUGAAGAGAAUUUACUACUAAGACAGCGAAAUCGUGAACUUGAAGAAAUGGCAAAUGGAAAGGAAACCCAAAUGCAGGACUUACCCAACAGCUGUUUGGGAUUUAAGAAUGAACAAGGUAUAAGGCGAAUAAAGGUGCCUGGAUCCAGCGAAUUUGAUGUGUUGUGCGAUUCAAAAACUGCGGGACCCGGUUGGACAGUCGUUUUGCGGAAUCUAGGUGAUGAGAAUUUCAACCGUAACUGGACGGACUAUGAGUUUGGAUUUGGUUUCUUGGAAGCCUCCUUUUUUAGAGGACUGGAAGUUCUGAAUAUGAUGACUCAAUCGCAGCCACAUGAAUUGUACAUGGUGGUUUACUUCAAAGACGAUUCAAGCUUUUCAAAUUAUUUUGAUAAUAUUGUCGUCGGCGGCGAGUCUGAAGGUUAUAGGCUCACGUCGAUUGGCAAUCCCAAGUCCGAGGACUUGCUCUUCAUUAAAAGACAAGUUAACGCCAAGUUUUCGACUUACGAUCGGAACAAUGCCAAAACUGAAAUCAAUUAUGCUGCUCAGAAACAAGCUGGUUGGUGGUUCUCGAGAGGCAGUCAAUUAAGCCUAACAAGUUGGCCUCCGAAUGCUAAACAAAUUCUGAUGCUAAUUCGGCCAAAAAUGUAAUAUUAUCUGGAACUGACAUUGUAUGUUAAAUUGAGCAAAG